AUGUUGCAAGACCGCAACUUCCGCCUAACCAUGAUUGACUAUAAUUUAAAGAUCGAACAUGCUAUUGAACGAUUCGCUGCCGCCAUUGAAGACGCACUGAAAGAUGUGCAGAAGGGAAAGGAGGCGAUUGGGGUUUUGUGGCGGUAUCUGAAACAGUCUGCAGAAGAAUAUGGACCACUGUCCAGUAAUUUGUUAGCCAUUUACAAAGCCAUGCUAGCAAAUACAGAGGGUUGGAAUGUAGCAUUCUCGAAUCUCCGCCGUCAAGGGGUUGCGCUCCAAUCCGCACUGUCUCAGCUGUGUCUGGCGAUCACCGAAUUGCAAAGGCGUGUAGGCAUAGCGAGCAGAAAAGAGGCCGUAAGUACAAGACUGACCAUUUUCCACUUUUACUUAGCCUUAAGUUAG